AUGGACGGCACCACACCGGCCCCUGGCUCGAAUGACGAGGGCCAGCGGCUCAAAUUCCUGUGCAGCUUUUCCGGCAGCAUUCUGCCCCGCCCACAGGACGGCAAGCUCAGAUAUGUUGGCGGGGAGACCCGCAUUGUCAGCCUCCCACACAAUAUAACCUACGAUAACCUGAUGUCCAAAAUGAAGGAGCUUUUUGAAAAUGUGGCUGUCUUGAAGUACCAGCAGCCGGAUGAGGACCUCGACGCCCUCGUCUCCGUCGUGAACGACGAUGAUGUCAUCAACAUGAUGGAGGAGUACGACAAGCUGGGCUCGGCCGAUGGCUUCACGAGGCUCAGAUUGUUUCUGUUUUCACACCCGGAACAGGAUAUGGACCCGUUGUAUUUUGUGGAGGGUGACGAGAGGGACAAUGAGAGGAGGUACGUGGAUGCGUUGAAUAGCCUCAAUGAAUUGGCGGAUUUUAGAAAGCAUCCCGGUGAGUUGGGUUCGUUUGAUGACAUGCAUACAGCUGAGCAGUAUUUCAGCCAGAUGGGUCUCGAGGGUGGCGGUGGGACCCUUGGGCAUAGGAACAUGGAGCUGCCGAUGGCUCAGAUGAACCUGCGACACCUCACAAUUCCUCACCUGGGCUCGGGCCAGAUCCAGACUCAGCAGCCAGUCGGCAGCCAGCGGUUUUGUGAGAUGGAGGCUCCAUGGAGCCCAGCGUACUACUCCCCCCGCCAACCCGAGUUUCCGACCUCUCCCUCAUCAGCCCGUUUCCGAGCACCGUACGACCGGUUUCCGCCUGAGGAUUAUGGGGUGGUUUUGGUCCCAACUGGUGACAAGGUGGGAGGCUUUCCUGGAAACUUGCUCCACCAGGUAGGCUCGAGCGCGUAUGAAGGGAGUAGCAUAUGCGAUAGUUGCAGGAUGACAUUUCAGAGGAAUCAGCAGGUAGUUUAUCCAGACAUGUCGAUGUGGAGGCCACCCUGUGAGUCGCCACAUUUGGAGUCGCCAUCCGUGGGCAACGGGAACAUUCAGAUCCCGAGUUCUUGCACGGACUGUGUCCUGGGGCGGGAAGUUUAUGUCUUGAAUCCAGAUGGAAAUGUGAACCCUCCCUAUUACUGUAGAGACCUGAAUGAUCCUCGACCGGUUUAUUCUGAGACCCACAGUCACGAGAGGGGGUGGGUUCCCGUGCACCAGCCAAAUCCUGGGGCCGAGGAGUCGAGACAUGGUUAUGUUACGGAAAAUGGGCCGAGUGUUCCACUUGGGCAUAUCCAUCACGAGGACCCACGUUAUGCUCGUUCGGGCAUCGACUAUGGUGGUCAGGUGUUUCAAGAUCAAGCACAAGUUCCUCACCUGCCAUCAGUGGACGAACGUGGGGUCCGCUAUGGAAAUCCAGCUGCAUAUGUGUACGGUACUGAAAAUUCAUAUGUGGGACCUACUGGCGGCCUCAUGCCGGCCCAGUCCCCCUGGUGGAAUGUUCACAGCCCAAUCCAGGUGGGGGGGCCGUCUUAUGAGACUGCGGUUUCUUCUCAGAUGGUUAAUGGUUCGUUGAGUCUUCCCAUGGGAUACGUCCGGGGGACGGUGGAGAGCAGUCCCAGGGUGAGGGCCGGUGUAGAGAAUCAGAACCUGUGGACUGAGUCGUCACAGAAAGUCACGGCCUUUAAUGUUUCUCUCAUGCCGGACCAUUCUCACAUCCAGGCUGUCAAAAUUACUCCCAGUAGUCAGACUAUGGAAAACGUCCAACCAGUAUCUUUUCUUGCGUCUGGCGUAGAUUACCAAAAUCAAAACCAAACUAAUAAGUCGGUUAAGGUAAAUGGGAGCCGUGAGUAUGAAUGGACCAAAGAGAAAAAUAAUGGAGCAGAGAGUAAAGAAACUGGUGUUCAUGAAGUUCAAAAAUGUGCUUUCAUAAAAAAUGAUGGUGCUGAAAAUGAGUGUAAUAAUGCUAAUGUUCUUAAGGAGCAGCCUGAUGAUCAGCUGGAUUUUUUACCUGAGUUAAUUGCUUCUAUGAAAGAGGCUACUUUGCAGAGUUUGAAGGAGGUGAAAGCAAAAGCUCAAGAAGACGACUCCAGUUUGGCGAGUGAGCGUGGUUUUGCAGGAAAAGAAGAUUUUCAAAAUCACAAGAAUGGAGUGGAUGGCAAUGUGGACCUGGAGGUAGAAGAUGAUAGUGAUAAUGUUGAUAGUUCCAAGAUAGAGCUGACGAAAGCUGAGGAAGAAGCUCUUGAUAGAGGCUUGCAGACUAUCAAGAACGAAGAUCUGGAGGAGAUUCGGGAGCUGGGUUCUGGGACAUAUGGUGCAGUCUACCAUGGAAAGUGGAAGGGAUCCGAUGUAGCAAUAAAAAGAAUAAAAGCCAGCUGCUUUGCUGGAAGGCCGUCUGAAAGGGAACGUCUGAUUGCUGAUUUCUGGAAGGAAGCUCUGAUACUAAGUUCCUUGCACCAUCCAAAUGUUGUCUCUUUUUAUGGAGUUGUUCGAGACGGCCCUGAUGGAUCUCUAGCCACAGUAACAGAAUUCAUGAUUAAUGGGUCUUUGAAACAAUUUCUGCAAAAGAAGGAUAGAACUAUCGAUAGACGUAAGAGACUCAUUAUUGCCAUGGAUGCUGCAUUUGGUAUGGAGUAUUUGCACGGGAAAAAUAUUGUUCAUUUUGACCUGAAAUGCGAAAAUCUUCUGGUAAAUAUGAGGGACCCACACCGACCUGUGUGCAAGAUUGGUGAUUUAGGAUUGUCCAAGGUAAAACAACAUACUUUAGUGUCUGGAGGUGUUCGAGGGACGUUACCCUGGAUGGCCCCUGAACUUCUCAGUGGCAAGAGUAACAUGGUCACAGAAAAGAUUGAUGUUUACUCAUUCGGGAUAUGCAUGUGGGAGUUGCUUACUGGUGAUGAGCCCUAUACGGAUAUGCACUGUGCUUCUAUAAUUGGCGGGAUUGUGAACAACACAUUACGCCCACAAAUCCCGACAUGGUGUGAUCCGGAGUGGAAGUCGUUGAUGGAAAGCUCUUGGGCCUCCGACCCAGCCCAAAGGCCCUCUUUCUCGGAAAUCGCUCAGAGCCCCACUUCCGGUUUACCUAGGGUUUUGUUUCGUGGGCUUUUCAAGACUUACCUCCCACCCAGCUCGUCUCGCUGGCCGGAGAUCGACCUUUCCAGCGAAGUUUCAGCCUCCCCUUCCAAGCGUGUGGCUCACAUGUGCUGCCAUAACUUCUGCAGCGAUUUUCACCCGCUGGCUCAUGCGUUGCCGGAACUUUUUCCAGUCGAUGUCGGGGAUAUGCCCGGCUUACUGAGAUUGAACCCAUCAAACCGUCCUCCACCCAACAAAAAAUCUCCUCCGGCCCUCCGCCUUCGCAAUGAGCAGCCGCCCCCCAACCCCACCUCCACCCCCACCCUAUGUGGCGCCGGCCCUUUGCCAUUUCAGACGUGCCUCGGCCGGGCUGCAUCAUCCGCCCUCGCCUUGUGCCGCCGUCUGGCACUCAGUGCCCCCCCUCCUCCCGCAAAAUAA